AUGCACUCGAUGAACUGCGUUGCAACGCGACCCAGCACGACCCGGUACAUUGCCACGUCAUUCGCGCGACUGCCCGCAAGUGUUACGCCCGACUUUGUCAACUUACCCACGUCCGUGACCAUUAGGCAAGUUGCCCACGUCGACACCGACAACACGGCCGACGACCGCGCUGACACCGACAGAGAUCUUCACGACCUGACCAACUACCGGCGCAUUCACUUCUUAGUGAACGGGACGCCCGUGCCGUACCUUGUGAACAUUCACGCGCUCCGUGAGGCGUUGGCAUAA